GGCCGAUUUCACCAGUGCAGUGUAAACAGCAGUUGCCGAUCUUCAAGGCAGCAAUCCACCAUUAGAGACGACGAUCGUCAAGGCAGCAAUCCGCCAUUAGAGACGACGAUCUUCUGCAGCAGCUGCAAUUUCUUCUAGUGACACUUUCAUGGCGGAAUUCCUUGACCUGGAGGCCCAAGACUCCGUACGCAUGCCAUGGAACGUUAUACCAGGAACCAAGCAAGAAUCAGCCAACUGCGUCGUUCCCGUUGCCGCAAUUUACACCGUUAUAAAGUCAUUCCCUUCGAUGCCUGUCCUCCCUUACUCCCCUCUCCGUUGUCGUAAUUGCCGAUCGGUUCUCAAUCCAUUCUCCAUCGUUGAUUUCCCCGCUAAGAUCUGGAUCUGUCCUUUCUGUCUCCAACGUAAUCAUUUCCCUCCUCAUUACCACUCAAUCUCCGAUGAAAACCUUCCCGCGGAGCUCUUCCCUCAGUACACCACGAUCGAGUAUGAAUCCCCUUCGGAAAAAGCAACUGUCCCGCCGGUUUUUCUCUUUGUUGUGGAUACAUGUAUGAUCGAGGAGGAAAUUGGGUUUCUCAAGUCUGCUUUGUCACAGGCAGUUGGACUUUUGCCAGAGAAUUCGCUUCUCGGUCUGAUAACAUUCGGGGCUUAUGUGUGUGUUCAUGAAUUGGGUUUUAGUCAGAUUCCCAAAGUAUAUGUGUUUAGGGGGUCUAAGGAGAUCACUAAAGAUCAAGUGUUGGAACAGAUGAAUUUCUUUGUAAAGAAACCGAAGCCAGUGACUGGUGUGGUUGCUGGCGUGAGGGAUGGGCUCUCGCCGGAGACAAUUGCACGAUUCUUGUUGCCUGCUUCCGAGAGUGAGUUCACCAUCAAUACGGUAUUGGAAGAACUUCAGAAAGAUCCUUGGCCUGUUCCAGCAGACCAGAGGGCCACAAGGUGCACUGGCACAGCAUUAAGUGUGGCUGCACAUUUGUUGGGGGCAUGUGUCCCAGGUUCUGGGGCUAGAAUAAUGGCAUUUGUGGGCGGUCCAUCCACUGAGGGGCCUGGUUCUAUUGUGUCAAAAAGUUUGUCUGAACCCAUCCGAUCGCACAAAGACCUUGAUAAAGAUUCUGCUCCCAACUAUCACAAAGCUGUAAAGUUUUAUGAAGGGCUUAGUAGACAGCUUGUACAUCAAGGGCAUGUAUUGGAUCUCUUUGCUUGUGCACUUGACCAGGUUGGGGUGGCCGAACUUAAGAUAGCUGUAGAAAGAACUGGAGGAUUAGUGGUGCUUGCAGAAAGCUUUGGCCAUUCAGUCUUCAAGGAUUCACUUAGACAUGUUUUCCAAAGUGGUGAUUAUGAUCUUGGUCUGUCAUCAAAUGGUAUUUUUGAGGUCAAUUGCUCGAAGGAUAUCAAGAUUCAAGGAGUUGUUGGUCCUUGUGCUUCUCUUGAAAAGAAGGGUUCUUUAUCCUCUGAAACCGUCAUUGGUCAAGGUAACACAACAGCAUGGAAGAUGUGUGGACUUGACAAAAGCACAUCUUUGUGCCUAUUCUUUGAGAUUGUGAAAAAGGACAACCCAGAUGUUACUGGCCAAGUUACAAGCAACCAGUUCUACUUCCAAUUUCUAACAUAUUAUCAGCAUCCAAAUGGUCUAAUGCGACUUCGUGCCACUACACUUUCCAGAAGAUGGGUUGCUGGGCCUGGAAGUACACAGGAGUUGAUUGCUGGGUUUGAUCAAGAAGCCGCUGCUGUAGUCAUGGCACGUCUAGUUUCUUUCAAAAUGGAAUCUGAGGCAGAGUUUGACCCAAUUAGAUGGCUGGAUAAGUCAUUGAUACAUUUAUGUUCUCGAUUUGGUGACUACCAAAAGGAUCACCCAUCUUCAUUCAGCUUAUCUCCCCGCUUUUCAAUAUAUCCACAGUUUAUGUUCCAUUUGCGGCGUUCUCAGUUUGUGCAGGUUUUCAAUAAUAGCCCAGAUGAGACGGCAUACUUUAGGAUAAUUCUGAACCAUGAAAAUGUCACUAACUCGGUUGUGAUGAUUCAGCCUUCAUUGAUUUCAUAUUCUUUUCAUUCUGGCCCUGAACCCGCUAUGCUAGAUGUCGCAGCCAUUGCAGCAGACAGGAUCCUACUUUUGGACUCUUAUUUUACAGUAGUUGUAUUUCAUGGAGCAACUGUCGCCCAAUGGCGAAAAGCAGGAUAUCAUAAUCAGCCGGAGCACGCGCCAUUUGCGCAAUUGCUUCUGCUCCCUCUAGAUGAUGCAGAUGCUAUAAUUAAGGAGAGAUUUCCUGUACCUCGUCUCGUCAUUUGUGAUCAACAUGGCUCACAGGCUCGUUUCCUGUUGGCAAAAUUGAACCCUUCUGCUACAUACACUUCUGACAUGCCUUCUCAUGAAAGGGAAAUAAUCUUCACGGAUGAUGUUAGCUUUGAGGUCUUUAUGGAUCAUCUUCAGAGGUUAGCAGUUCAGUAGAGUUCUUCAGUGACCCUUCUCAGAGGUUAGCUGACAAAUAGAGUACAACUUGGCCAUGAAUUUUGUAAAACUCGUGUUACCUAAAUGGUUGUACAGUAAUAGUCUAUUUUAUUUUGUUCUUUUGAGAUUCUUUUUUAUAUUUUGGUUUGUAUGCAAAAGCUAUUGCUUUGAUAAUCAAUAAUUUGACAUUGUUUCAUACAA